GUUACUGUAUUCCAUGUACUUUAUACAUAUCUCUUUAUAUUAUUUUACCUAGGUUUCAUCAUCAGCUUCACAGACAUUUUCUUUUCUUUAUUUCUUGUGCAUUGGAAUGGAAGAUCAUCAGGGGCAAGAGCAGCAGCAGCAACAACAGCAAAAGCAGCAACAACAACAGCAACCCAAUAGUCCAAACCAACAAGCCUCCGAGAGAACCGAACCCGUCAGGUCAAGAUGGACUCCCAAGCCAGAACAAAUCCUUAUUCUCGAGUCCAUCUUCAACAGCGGCAUGGUUAACCCACCAAAAGAUGAAACCGUCAGAAUAAGGAAGCUGCUUGAGAAAUUUGGCACCGUCGGUGAUGCCAACGUCUUCUACUGGUUCCAAAACCGCCGCUCUCGCUCUCGCCGCCGCCAACGCCAGAUUCAGGCCACCCUUAACCAGGGUGGCGGUGCAAGUACCAAUCCAUUUCAACCCCACCAUCAAAACAACCCUGCUCUUGUUGCAAACUUGGGUUUUGGUUGUGCCACUUCCUCUUUCCUUAACCCAUCUUAUAUACCACCUCGUUCUUCUUCUUCUUCUUCCUCCUGUGGUGGUGGUGCUGCUGAAGAAAGCUUCGAUGAUUUCUUCCCACCGUCUACUCAAAUGGGUUUUCCUGGAAUUGACCAUCAUGCUUCGGCUGCAUCAUCUUCAUCAGUUUUGUACCCUCUUGAAGCUUCCAAUUUGAACUAUCACUCUGGAUUUGGGGGAAUUUCAGGACUCAUCACAGUGUUCAUCAAUGGGGUUCCAACAGAAGUUCCAAGGGGGCCAAUGGACAUCAAAACAGCUUUUGGUGAAGAUGUAAUGUUAGUUCAUUCCUCUGGAAUUUCAGUUCCCACCAAUGAGUUUGGUUUCUUGAUGCAGGGCUUGCAGCAUGGUGAAAGCUACUUUGUGGUUUCAAAGCAAACACAAGUAUGAAUAGAUGAAGUUAAUUGCAUGGCAGCAAUGGAAGCUUCUGUUAGAUGUUUCUGCUAUAAAUUGUGUCUUCCUUGUUUGGUUUUUUUCUUUUUCUUUUUACCAUUUUCGUAAUACUUUAUAUGUGGUUCAAAUAUUAGAGAUCUACUAUGUGAUUAGAGAAGUCCAUAUGUAUAUCUACUUGACAAUUAUAUAUACUUUCUUUUCCUGGUUUUAGAGCAAA